AGGUGGGUAUUGGACAGUUUUGAUCUGGGUAUCGGGGUGCUCGUCGAGGUUUCGAGUUAGGGUCUACUUCGUCUCAUUUGCUUCAACUCAGCGACUUCUUUCUGACGAUUGGGACGUGAGGUGCUGGACAUUUAUGCCGGUGGACAUUCUGGACGUUGAUAUAGAUAAGUUUGCUGCACAUUGAUGCUGGUGCAAGGGGUCUUGAAGUUGGUGGAAGCGGUGAUGAGGACUUGUGCUCUGAGAGUAGCGUGGAGAAAUCAUCGUCUGGGGGUAUAGGGGGUCGUGUUCCUCAGAUCGGGCUCGCCUCGUUGGUUGCCUAUUGAAUUGGGCCGUGGAGAAGAAUGGCUGACAGUGGUGGAAAUUCGGAAGAGCAGAUACGAAGCGUGGACGACCAGAUACGAGGCUUGGACGACCAGAUUCGACGUGUGCACGAGCAGAUAAGAUUAGUGGAAGAGAAGAUAGAAAGAUUGGAAGAGGAGAUCAACAGAUGCCCUAGCGAUGAAGAGAGGAAGCUAUUGCGGGGCAAGGAAGCGCUACUGCGAGGCGAGAAAGCGCAACUCCGGGAUGAGAAAGCGCAACUCCGGGACGAGAAGUCGCAAAUCCUGCAACGACGAGACCUGGGCACAGAAUAUGAGUGGCUGGUGCAGAAGGUCGUGCCGCCGACUCGCUCUUCACGGGCUGGCGUUUACCCAAGCAGCUCGAGCCAUGCACGGAUGUGGUUACCUGUCAGAGUAGAGCAUUGGGAUGUAAUGAACGAGAUCGAAGAAUUUCUAGAAAGCGCAGAUAGAAGGAGGCGUGUGUUUCGAAUGGCUGUCACCGCUUUCACUCAGGACACUAGACUGGAAGAGAAGCAUGAGAAUCAUCACAUCGCUUUUAUCCUGGGGGAAAUGGUAUCUUUUAUGCAGAAGAAGGAGCCGCAGUGUAACCUUCACUUUAAGUCGGAAUUCAUAAUCUUGAGCAAGAGAAAAGGGGGAAAUGACGGGAUAGGAUCGAGUGAGGGUGCGAGUUCAAGUGCCAUGGUUGACGUUUAUUCCGGAAGCCCUAGAGCAGAUUUCGUAAUCACUUUAAGGGAGAAGAAUGCUUUGGUCUUCGAGGUCAAGAAUGAAGGUCUGGGAAGUGACGGAGAUGACCCCUGGUUUCUCCACCGAGUUUGGACAGAUUGCUCUUGCACAUCAGGAGAGGGCAGGUGCGGGUUCGCCGUUUGUGGCAUCACGCCAUCUCAUGGUGAAAAGAUCAUCCGUUGUAUUAGUCAGUUGUAUGAGUACAUGGUUCUGUGUAAGGUGGGUUACGGUGUUCUAACCGAUGCAAGAAAUUGGUAUCUCUUCAAACGGGAUAAUGACGGCUGCCUCAAAAUAUCAGCUGGUAUUACGGCGAGUGCUGAGCCCCCGCGUGUGCUCGCUGCGUUGUCAUAUUUGGUGCACGCUGCUGCAGUGGAUAACUCUGAGUUUGGUGACCCAACGGGGAAUGGCCAAUUUCCCUUAGUUCAUGAAGCUGCCCCCUCUGAACAUUCCGACGAAAGCAGUGAUGACGACAUCAAUGAUCGAACCUUUACAGCACGUGUGAGACAAAAUAUGUCUUCCUCUGGAAAACGAAGGUCUGAAAGACAUAGCUCGGGUGGGGCGCAGCUGGCUUUGGAAGAUGUCCCCGCGGAGGACCUGAACCUGAAAAAGGCGGGCGGUGUCAUAAGUAGUGAGGGGUGGAGUGGAUGCGUUGUUAAUGGCCGUUUGCAUGGCCAACUUGUUGCAUUGAAGUUUGCCCACUUAGGCACAGAACGUGCGGAGGUGAGCCGGAGUUUCGUCAUGUGGAAAUGUUGCGUUCACAUCUCAAAGUGGCUGCUACUUCAUCUAAUCCGGGGACUGAGGUGGAGAGGUCCUGUUUGUGACAUCUUUACUGACAGCCCAUCUUUGGCCGCGCUUGUGCAGGCUCUCCUGAAGGAGGUGGUUGCCUAUACGAAGAUGGAGAAGCUUUGGGGGGUUUUUGUUCCUCGAUUAAUAGGAUAUGGAACCACAAAUAACGGUCGGGUUGUAUUUAUCGCGACUGAAUUGAUUGACGGUGUUGAGCUUGGAGAAGUGGCGGUGACCCGGGAGGUGGAGACUGCAGCGCUUGAAGCGCUUGCUGCAGUCCAUGCAUGCGGGUUGCUUCAUGGAGAUGUUUCCUUAAGUAACAUUAUGGUUGUGUGGGGAAAGAAGCCUACUGUCCGCAUCCUGGAUUUUGGCUUCUCGUGUAUUACCAGCAACAAGAAGUUACAGGAGGCAGAGCGCGUGCGCUUAAAGCGUCUUUUUUUCACACAUGGUGGAGCAGUGGGGGAAGAAGCAAAUGAUGCAAGAUAUCCUUGUAUUCUGCCUUGUUAAAUGCAAGGCAAGCCCUUGUCCAAGGAACUUUCACUUAUCGUGUUACAGCUAGAAGUACCGUGUUAAUGGCAUCAGAGCAGGGUCAACUCUCCAUUUGGAGAGUGCUAUCGUGCGCUUGAUACUUUGCGGCGUGUCUAGAAACAGAGGGAUUUGUGAAUCAUGCAUUUGCAUCCAUGCUCGACUAGGUCCAAUUUGAACCAGCUGACAGAUUCUGACUGGUUAUGUGUAUCUGUUGCUGAAGGGUUACAUGUAUCUGUAGAAAUUGAUGCCAGCAGGCAGGUAGGCUUGCACUAUUUUUUGGGCUCAAAGACAUACAUUGAUAAAACAUGAUGUGCAGAGGGGACGGUGGAUGUACUUUUCUACUAUUUCUAUAUUCAAAUAGAAAUAGCAUAAGUAAAUGUUUUUACUCCAUUAGAAUCACAA